GCUGGGUGUCCGAGCCGAAUCAUUGUGCUCAGCUGUCGUGAGCCGAUUGAGCCGUAAGGACGACGCGAGAGUAAAACUGGUGCCACGGCCUCCCGUGCAGCUCUACAGAACUACGACAUCCUAUGGCGCAUCUUCGGCGAGGAAUAUAUACCUCCCUCGAUCACGACGAAGUACAGCCGGAGGAUGAAUACCUAUACAGCCCUCAUGAGAAUGACAUGGCUUGGUGGGUUCGAGUGUCGCGAGCAUUCUCCACUCCCGCUUUGCGCCUUCUCUGGGCUGCGCCGCCGUCCCUCGCACCGCUGUGGUCCCUCUUGGCUCCCAAAACAACCAGUAGUGGCAGGAGUGCAGAUCUAUCGGAGCAGAUCCUGAAGAGCCAGUUGUGGAACGAGCCUGACCGCUGGGAACGCUUCCUGUCCUAUGCACCGCUCGUUCAGAAGGUUCACUUGCGCUCGAAGAGCUUGGAACUGCAGCUCGUGCGCGCCCUCGUGGAGCAUAACGGAGGUUCCACCAUCCUGCCAUCUCUGCGAAAUCAACCCGAAGGCCGGCAGGCCAUGGUUGGAAGUGUCUCGCCGUCUACGGGCGAGGCGCGCUGGGCGUCCUAUGCCAGACCUCCAGACCAUGCAGGCCGCCGCCACCGCGCUGCGCGAGAUGGAGGAUGUUUUGCGCCGCGAGGAGGAGCCCUCUCCCGAGACGUUUAAGAUGCGUACUCGGCGCGAGAUGCUGCAGCGGCGCGCCAAGGGGCUUCUGUCUUGAGCUGUCAUAGUCUUUCGACACCACUGUAGUUUGAACGUGAUGACCGGGAGCACGCCCAGUGCCUUCGACUCUUCCAAGGACAUACAUACAUAUAGGCCUGUAGCUGCCGUAUACUGUAUGGUCGCGCGCCAAGUAACUGCC